CAACAUGGUGGUAGACGAACGCGACCCGGGGAAGUGAGUCGAGGUUUGCCCGAGUUGUUGACAGGCAGAUAUACCGUAGAGGCGGCCAGUGGUACUUGGACCAUUAUCUGCAGACACCAGUAGUACAUUAUGAGUUCUAUCGGCACAGGGUACGAUCUUUCAGCUUCACAAUUUUCACCAGACGGACGAGUAUUCCAAGUUGAAUAUGCUCAAAAGGCAGUAGAAAAUAGUGGAACAGCUGUAGGUCUUCGGUGCAAGGAUGGAGUUGUAUUUGCAGUUGAGAAAAUCAUCACUUCGAAGCUUUAUGAACGAGGGGCUAACAAGCGCAUCUUUUCUGUUGACACGCACGCUGGCAUGGCCUGUGCUGGAUUAUUAGCAGAUGCUCGAGCAAUUGUUGAUGUGGGAAGAAUUGAAGCCUCAAACUACAGAGCUGAGUAUGGAAUGCCCAUUCCCUGCAAGCUCCUGGCAGAGCGUGUAAGUACCUACCUCCAUGCAUAUACUUUGUACUCUGCGGUGCGACCAUAUGGCUGUUCUGUCAUGAUUGGAGCCUUUGACCAAGAUGGACCCCAUCUGUAUAUCAUUGACCCAUCUGGCAUGUGUAAUGGUUACUUUGGUUGUGCUGUGGGCAAAGCAAAGCAGAAUGCCAAAACUGAAAUUGAGAAACUGAAGUUAAAAGAUGUUACGUGCCGGGAACUUGUCAAAGAAGCUGCAAAAAUCAUAUACCUUGUUCAUGAUGAAGUGAAGGACAGACACUUUGAGAUGGAGCUCUCCUGGGUGUGUGAAGAAUCUGGAGGUCGUCACCAGUAUGUUCCUGAAACACUUUACAAAGAAGCAGAGCGAUAUGCAAAGGCUGCUUUGGAGGAGGACUCCUCUGAUGAAGAUGAGGAAAUGUAAAACAUUCUCAGUGUAGAAUUGUUAUAUAUUUCUUUACAAAGGAACUGUUGAGGAACUCUUUGAGCUGUAACAUAAUUUUAUGCCAUUUUUUAAGAUAAAGGUUAAGUGUUUUUCCUGUUCAGAGACAUGCAGUGAUGAUUACAACAGAAUGUCCAUGGAUUUUUCUUGUACCUGUACGUUAUUUGUAAACUCGGGAAGUCUCUAAUUCAUUUGUGCUGCAUAAACUAGACCUUUUUUUUUAAAUUGCAAGUUGGAAACAUCAAAAGAAGCUGGCUGAUACAUAAAAUAAAUCUUCUUGUAA